AAUUCGAUUGCCAAGCCGACGCGCAGCAUGGCCGUCGACAACGAUGGCAUCCUCGCCAUCUUCCUGGGCAUCACGAUCGGCCUGCCGCUGCUAAGCAUCCUCCGCACCUUCCUCGCCAGCGCCAUCGUCGUCCGCCACAAGGAGGUCGUCAUUGUCGAGCGCUGGGGCCGCUUCCACACCAAGUGGGGCCCUGGCCUGCACUUUCUCGUGCCCUACAUGGACAAGGUCAAGACGAUCACAUGGCGCCGCCUCAAGAUUCAAAUGCCCCACGAGCCGGAUGCGCUCAUCGACAAGAGCUUUUACCGCGUCGACGCGCGUCAAACCAUCAUGGAUUUCAAGCUCCAGACCAUCAUUACACGCGACAACGUGGAGAUUGCCGUGCGGCCGAUGGUCAUUUACGAGUUCUGCGACCCGAUGAAGGUCUGCUACGAAGUGUACGACCUCUCGCAGGCCAUCAAGAAGCUCGUGCAAACCACGCUGCGCUCGAUCAUCGGCGACAUGGGCCUCGACGACACGCUCGCGUCCCGCGAAGAGAUCAACCGCGGGAUCCUUCAAAAGAUCAGCCACAUUUGCUUCAACUGGGGCUCCGCAUCCAUCGCGUCGAGCUCCUCGAGAUUACGCCGACAAGCUCGGUGCAAGAGGCCAUGCACAAGCAGCUCUCGGCCGAGCGCGUGCGCCGGGCCGCCAUCGUCACGGCCGAGGGCUACCGCGAGAAGGUCAAGACCGAGGCCGAAGGCGACUCGCAGGCCAAGGUCGCCAUCGCAACGGGCGAGCAGCAGUGCGUCAUCAUCCGCGCCAAAGCGGCCGCCGAGGCGCGCCUCUUGAUUGCCCGUGCGGAGGCCGAAGCCCUGUCCGUCGUCAAGGACUCGCUCAAGGACAUGGCGAUCGAUACGACGCAGUACAUGAUUGCGGUGCGCUACAUGGAAACGCUUGCAGCGAUCGCAACCGAUGCGAAGAAGUGCGAGCUUUUCAUGCCCCUCGAGACAGACGUCGUCGGCUCCAUCUCGGCCAUGUAGCUCUGUAUUUUCUACAUGUACUCCGAUGAUUCGUUGCA